AUGGUAUUGGCGGACGAGAACCCAGACACGCCGAUAAGCAGUCGAAGCUUCGAUUCGGCAUACACACCUGCAGACUCCGAUAUCCUACCCUCCCAAAGACGACUUGCAGAAAUCACCGAGCUCAUUCACACCGCGUCGCUGCUCCACGACGAUGUCAUCGACCAUUCGAUAUCCCGACGGUCUGCACCCAGUGCCAACAUCGAGUUUGGAAACAAGAUGGCCGUACUGGCAGGUGAUUUCCUACUGGGACGCGCAUCCGUUGCGCUAGCAAGAUUACGAGACCCAGAAGUCACCGAACUCCUAGCUACCGUCAUUGCGAACCUCGUCGAGGGCGAAUUCAUGCAAUUGAAAAACACAGCUCGGGACGAGAAGAACCCCGCAUGGACCGAAGACACCGUAUCCUACUACCUCCAAAAAACAUACCUCAAAUCCGCAUCGCUCAUCUCAAAAUCAUGUCGCGCAGCCGCGAUUCUAGGUGGAUCGACUCCCGAAGUUGUCGAGGCGGCAUAUUUGUAUGGAAAGAAUCUAGGUCUGGCAUUCCAGCUCGUAGACGACAUGCUAGACUACACAGUGUCGGGCGAGGAGCUAGGCAAACCCGCAGGUGCGGAUCUCGAGCUCGGUCUCGCGACAGCACCGUUAUUGUUUGCGUGGAAGGAUAAUAAGAGCUUGGGCAAGUUGGUCGGACGGAAGUUCUCACAAGAGGGUGAUGUCCAAAGAGCACGUGAAAUCGUCUCAGCCAGCACCGGCCUGCAACAAACCCGCGCCCUCGCCCAAGAAUACGUCGACAAAGCCAUCGAAGCCAUCUCCAGCUUCCCAGACAGCGAGGCGAAAACCGGCCUCGUCGACAUGUGCACGAAAGUCAUGAAGAGGAGGAAAUGA